UGACCUGGCGGCAAAACCGAGGAGGGGGAGGGGGAAUUUGGCGGGUGCGGGCUGAUUUUUAGAGCCCGCCGCCAAAAAUAUACGAGUCCGGCCAAUAUACAAUACCUGUUCGGGACCCUUUUUCAUCCGGUACCGUAUAUCGGUGCUUAUUUUGUGGGGAGGGCGGAUUUCCGGCAUCUGCUAGAGUUGCUCUUACGCAAACACGCCGCAAGCAAAGUGAUAACCCGUGACCCCCACUAGAAUACAAAAUAAGUCAUUUUUAUGUGGAAAGUAAAUCUAGAUCUAGCUUUAUGUUGCUCUUGCGAUUGAGGGUUUCGCCGCAAACCUUCCGCGACAGAUCUACAACCAUGCGGGUUUCCCAUCUCGUCCUCCUUGCUAUUAGUGUCAUCCUGUCCCGUCAGGUCCCACCUCAAUCACCCCAACCAUCAUUGCCACUUGCUGGUGGCGGUGGGAAGAAGAGAAAAAACCCGAGGAGGAAGCAGGAGGGCAUGGAUCGCACAGCUAAGUUGGGGGCUGUUGAGGAGGAAAAGGGGCCAACACCGAACACCUUGCUCCUCCCCCGGUUGAGUGGUCCAAUGAAACAAAGGAUCACCGAGGAGUAUCGUCGGUUGUUUGGGGCUUUUGGUGGUAUUGAAGAAUUCUUUCACCAGGUCCAUGAGUUUCUUAGCACUCUUGUAGAUGCGAGGGACGAACUACUACAAAAGUCUGAGAACACCCGAAGAAGCAUCACAAUAAGGAAGGCCAUGUUAUCUAACAGUCGUAAUGGUAGGUCUUCACAUGACCACCUUCGCCUAUGUCAACAGGUGGAUAAGUUGGAAUUUGAAUAUGAAAGACUAAAGAAAGAUGCCAGCAUUUACCAUAAUCUCCAUGAGCAGCUUCAGCUGUCAUCGUGCUACAAACUGAUGGAGGAGAGCAACGAUGAAGCGGAGAAGAGAAUCCGUGAAGGAGCCUUCGCCAAAGGGGUGCGCGAUACCGCCUUCGAGGAACUGCUGGCCGUGGAGAAGAAGGACAACGCUUUCUGGCGUCGUGACGGGAAGCUGAGGUCGAUCUCGGACAGCAUGUAGGCAGCGAGAGAGCAGACAAGGCGAUUGCAUUGAUUGUCAUCGUCGUCGUCGGUCUAAGACUCCAGGAACCAGAAACUGAAUUUGUCCCUUGGAGAACUUGUCUGUGUUGAAACCAUGGACAGUGCGUGUUGAAACCAUGGACAGUGCGAUCGUGCUCGUCGAGCUCUCGGGCCUCCCCCCUGCGCCUUGAACUCUUGAGUCAUGGCUUUUAAUAAGAUCUGAACUGGGCAGAUCCGAAUGAAAAUGUGUUGUCCUUGGGUGGUGACUGGUGAAUGCGUCUCGAUGCGAUGCUGUGCCUGUUGCUGCUGCUGCUGCGCUCUGGAUCGCUGGCGCAAUUUACUGCUGUUUGUUUCUCCAGCUAACACCGGCCUUUCUUGUCCCCCUCCUGCUGAGUUUGCGAUCUAGAGGUGUGAGUGCCGCAAUUACUUCCCAUCUCCCUUCAGUGAUUUCAGAGAGUUGCCUUUUCAUUUCCAACACGUAGAGCCAUCGUAAUUCACAAGUGCAAUGGCCACGCAAGAGCAGCCGUCGCCGGGCGCCGGCGCCGCCCGGCCUCGGAGGCCCCGCGUCCUGGUCGCCGCCUCCGGCAGCGUGGCGGCGAUCAAGUUCGAGAUCCUCUGCCGGAGCCUCGCCGAGUGGGCCGACGUCCGGGCGGUGGCGACGGCCUCGUCCCUGCACUUCAUCGACAGGGAGUCCUUCCCGAGCGGCGUCGCCCUCCUCACCGACGCCGACGAGUGGUCCACCUGGCGGAGGAUCGGCGACGAGGUCCUGCACAUCGAGCUGCGCAAGUGGGCCGACGCCAUGCUCAUCGCGCCGCUCUCGGCCAACACCCUGGCCAAGAUCGCCGGCGGGCUGUGCGACAACCUCCUGACGUGCGUGGUGCGCGCGUGGGACUACAGCAAGCCCAUCUACGUCGCGCGGGCCAUGAACACCUUCAUGUGGGACAACCCCUUCACUAGGCGACACCUUGACGUCGUCGCCGGCCUCGGCGUCUCCCUCAUCCCUCCGGUGACCAAGCGGCUCGCCUGCGGGGACUACGGCAACGGCGCCAUGGCAGAGCCCGCCGAGAUCUGCAGGACCCUCAGGCUCUUCUUCGGCUCACAAGUUCCACUCUGAACACUCUGCAGCUCGCCCAAGUUCUUCAGUAUCUCUCACUCUGUUUGCCUGCUGUACGAGAUACAUCUAUCUGCAAAAGCUUUCUCUUCUAUCAAACGUUUACAAUGUGAUC